AUGGCUUUGUGGAGCUGGAAUGAGCAGUUGUUGUGUAAGGUAUUCCCCUUAUCCUUUGGGGAGAUAGCAUCUAAUUGGUUCCAUAAGUUGCCGAAAGGAACUAUGAAGAUUUGGGAAGGCAUGGCCGAGAUGUUUGUGACCAGGUUUGUUACGAACAAAUCGCAGCCACUAAGAAUAGAUUCUCUAUUGGCUUUGAAGAUCAACGAUGGCAAAGGCCUCAGGGCUUACACCAAGAGAUAUUACGAGGUGUACAACCGGAUUUCAAGUUAUAACCAGGAGCUGGCGGUCGUGUCUUUCAAGAAUUGCUUGAAGGAUAAAUGCUUACUUCGGAAAUCACUUGCCAAAACCCUUCCGAAGAGCAUGGAAGAGCUCAUGGCACAGAUUGAUAAGUAUGCCUGUGCGGAAAAAGACACACAGGGGACGAGGACAUCCAAGCCAGAAAGGAGAAACGGCUCGCCGAAGCGAGGCCGAGGUAAUAUGGGUCUUGACAGGCAGGAAACAUGGAUAAGAACUGCACAGGCAGUCACCACAGUAUUUAGGAUCCCAAUCUACAAAGUUUUGGAGAGGAUCAAGAACCAUCCAUAUUACAGAGCGCCGGAGAAGAUCCCUGGGGAGUUUAUGGGAAGGAGCAUUGGGAAGCAUUGUGCUUACCAUAAUGAGGAUGAUCACUUGACUCAAGGUGCAAGGCUCUGA